AUGCGGUCGGUGCGCAAGAGCACUGCGAGCCAGGCGGCGGAGGAAGGUGUGAACGCGGUGGAGGAUGGCGUGGGCGAAGGCUCAAGCGAGGACACGGGAGAGGGGCGCGGGGCGUGCGAGCCGGUGCUGGCGGGCACGCGCACGCGCCGCCUGCUGGACACGCCGCCCUACGCGCUGCUGCAACCGCUUGCGUACAGCUUCCUGCACGUCAACAUGCUGCAGCACCUCGCGCGGUUGAACACUCAGAACUUAAGGUUAUGGUUUAACAAGCAGUUCGACGACUUGAUGAACCUUAAAAAGCGCGAGGUUGGCCUGGUUCAAGACAGGAACACACGUUUGCGAUUCAUAAUUGAGGAGUUAAACACACUGUCUAAUUUACGAGGCAGUUUCCAUCACUUAAACAUCGAGAUAAAGGAUCCCGAAUGGCGUCAGGAGGAGCAGCCGCAUAAGCUUAUCAAAGUCGAACCUGAAGAGUGCAGCAUCCCGCCGUACGUGAGCCCCAGCCAGAUGUCGGUGGCUCCUCCGGCGGCGGGCGGGCCCGACGAGUUCCGCGAGCGCGCUCUGAUGUACAUGAUGGACGGCGUGCUUGAGAAGCUCUGGCACGAGGAGAUCAAGAAGCCCGUGCCGAUGCCCCAGUGCAUGCUAGAGAAAGAUCCAGAGCACUUCAACGAGGACGACCUGCGCCUAGUGUUCGAUUACGAAGCGAAAGUCGCGUUCCGUAAUGAAGAGCGCGAGAAGUACCGCAAGAUGUUGCACGCGGAGUACGCCAAGCUUUCUCAACUCCUCAACGAAGGCAUCGUCAAGUUCAACCUGAAGGUAAAAGAUACGUGGCUGCUGAAGUUGAGGGUUGAUUCCAUAAUCAGUCAAGAAAAUUUAAUUCUCAUGAGACUUCGACGAACAAAUUUGGAUCGCAUCGAGAUGGCCGAACACACGGAAGAAAUAAGAAAUAACAUAGCAAAAUACGAAGCAGAAGUAGAGCAGUUGCAGAAGGAGAUUCAACUGAUACAAGAACAGAGCGAGGAGUGCCAGGCCUCAUAUGACGCACUGGCGCAGAAAGACAGGCACAUGGACAAGACCUUCAAGAAUCACUUUGCUGAUCUGUCACCGAUUAUAGUUGAUCAGUGUUAUAAAUUUUUCAAAAAGCGUCCAAAGUGGCAGCAGCGGGCUAGCAUGACGCCAGGUGUGCUGCUGCAGCUGGCGGGCGCGGCGGCGGGCGGCCCGCGGCCGCCGAUGUUGCACCCCGACUGCGUGGACUACCUGCGCGCGUGCGUAUACACCUUGCAUGAUUUUGUACACACCUUGGACGCUCUUAUGUACACACCUGCACGCUCUGUACACACAUUGACGCUCUUGUGUACACACCUUGCAUGCUCUUAUCUUCGCCGCUCUUCUGUCACCUUGCACGAUCUUAUGCACACGCCUUGCACUCUCUUUUGGUACACACUUUAUGCGCUCAUAUGUACACACCUUGCACGCUCUUGUGUACACACCUUGCAUGCUCUUGAGUACACACCGUGCACGCUCUUGCUGUUGUACCUCCACUGUCCGGACUACGUACACACCAGUAUGCCCACACCACACACUCAAGAUCAUAUAAACACAUACACACCUUGCACACCUGUGUACCCCACCCCGUGGGACACGCACCGUUUAUGCAAAUUCCGCAGCAGGUCUGCACUUGACUGCACAGAGAUAGUAAAGGGUGAGCCCUUGCGACACCGAUUUGGAGCUCUAGAAGAAACCCAUCAAAACUCUCGGAGCGGCUGCCUAAUUCUCGAGCAGCUGGACAUGAUCAGCAAUAUGCCGCCCGUGAUGGACGAGGCGCUUUGGGCAACAAUGUGCAAGUUGCGUCGUACAAAAGUCGAAAACGAAAUUAGGAUGCGCGCGAUGGUGCAAGAGAUGGCGUACGUGGAGAGCGGGUCGAGCGUCUGGCACAGGGCGGUGGUGGCGCGGCGCACUCUGCUGGCGCGACAGCUGGACGACGCGCAGGAGCACCGCCAGCGCACAGAGCUACUCUCCAGGAACAAGACUAUACAGCUGGUGUUGCCCGCUGGGCAAGUGGAGAUUGUGACGACUGGCCACUUGGAAGACUUCGAGGACGCCGCGCUCAUACCGCGCGAGGACAUCGAGCGAAUUAAUGAACUCAUUCUAAAAGUGGGCAAUAUGAAGCUCAACAUGAUGCGUAAGCAGAUGGAGUACCGCAAGGGCAUCCUGUCCAAAGAGUGGGAGCACGCACAGAUGAAAAUGAAGCUGCGCCACAUGGAGCAAGAACUUUACUCCUAUCAACGCCUCAAGAUCCCCAAAGAACUUCAACUGCAUCUGAAAAAUAAGGAACUGGGUUAUACAGAGGAGCAUGAGUUCAUGAGGAUGGAGAAGGAGACUGAGGCGACGAAGGUUUCUGUGAACAAGAUGCUUGGUGACCAGGUGCGCAGAGUCGAAGAGCUUGAGUUGAAAUGCGCGACGCUAACGGCGGAAGCGGACAAACUAGAGAAGAUAAUAAGCAACCUCAAUAUGAAGGUGUCGGAGAAACGUCUUAACGAAGACCCCUUGCAACCGAUACGUGUACGAAAGAUUUUUAAAACGAGAAUGGAGACCCUGGUGGCGAGGAGUCAACUGAUCCGCGAGGUACAAGCCAACCACACCAGGAUCGUGCUGCUGCAGACGGAGCUGGAACUGCUGCGCCUAAAGACCUAUCCUACGCUCGCCACUUUUCGCACCGUACCCUGA